AGAUCCCCUUUCAACAUCUCCCUAAAAUCUACCUCCAUCCAUCUAUCCUCCGUGCCUGUAUCACUUCAUCCUGCUCCUCCCAGUCUCUGUCUCGCCCUCUCUAUUCUCUCUCUCCACCCCUGCCCCCCCUCCCCGACCCUGAUGCCUAAGAACAGCAAGGUGACGCAGAGCGAGCAGAGCCAUGAACACGUCACAGAAUCGGUGGCUGACCUGCUCGCACACGAGGAGCCGCUGGACUACAAGAACAGCUCCCUGAACGUCGGAGGGGCCGCUGGGAAAAAAGUCCCUCAGAUAGAGGUGCCCGAGAAUGACGGACGUCCCGCAUGGAACAGCAAACUGCAGUACAUCCUGGCCCAGGUGGGCUUCUCUGUAGGCCUGGGGAACGUGUGGCGAUUCCCUUACCUGUGCCAGAAGAACGGAGGAGGUGCCUAUCUGGUUCCCUACUUUAUCCUCCUUCUCAUCAUCGGCAUCCCGCUCUUCUUCUUGGAGCUCGCUGUGGGUCAGAAGAUCAGACGUGGGAGCAUUGGGGUCUGGAACUACGUCUGUCCAAAUCUGGGCGGGGUCGGGGUGUCCAGUCUGAUGGUGUGUGGCUUUGUUGGUCUCUACUAUAACGUUAUCAUCGGCUGGAGCAUCUUUUAUUUCUUCCAGUCCUUUCAGUAUCCUCUUCCAUGGAGCGAAUGUCCAAUCAGAAAGAACGGGACACUGGCCAUCGUGGAGCCUGAGUGUGAAAAAAGCUCGGCCACAACCUAUUUCUGGUACCGUCAGACUCUGAACACCACCAGCACCAUAGCAGAGAGCGGAGGCCUCAACAUCAAAAUGACCCUGUCUCUGCUGGUAGCCUGGAUCAUCGUGUGCCUCGCUGUCAUCAGAGGGAUUGCCUCCUCUGGGAAGGUGAUGUACUUCAGCUCUCUUUUCCCCUACGUGGUGUUGUUUUGUUUCCUGGUCCGGGGUUUGAUGCUGAAAGGAUCAGUGGAUGGUAUCGCUCACAUGUUCACUCCCAAGUUGGAAAAGAUGCUGGAGCCGCAGGUGUGGAGGGAGGCAGCCACCCAGGUUUUCUUCGCCCUGGGUCUGGGGUUCGGUGGGGUCAUAGCCUUCUCCAGUUACAAUAAGAUCGAUAACAACUGUCACUUUGAUGCGGUGCUCGUCUCUGUCAUCAACUUCCUCACCUCCAUUCUGGCCACGCUGGUGGUGUUUGCUGUGCUCGGCUUCAAGGCCAACAUCAUGAAUGAAAAGUGUGUUGUCGAAAAUGCAGAGAAGAUCCUGGGAUACCUCAACUCUAACGUGCUGAGUCAUGACCUCAUACCUCCACAUGUGAACUUCUCCCAUCUCUCCACAUCAGACUACGCAGAGAUAUACGGGGUCAUCAAGACGGUAAAAGAAGACAGCUUUGCUCAGCUGGGUUUGGAGCCUUGUCUCCUGGAGGAUGAGCUCAACAAGGCUGUCCAGGGCACAGGUCUGGCCUUCAUCGCCUUCACUGAAGCCAUGACUCAUUUCCCAGCGUCUCCUUUCUGGUCGGUCAUGUUCUUCUUCAUGCUCAUCAAUCUGGGUCUGGGCAGUAUGAUUGGCACCAUGACUGGCAUCACAACACCUGUGCUUGACACCUACAAAGUCCACAGGGAGCUUUUCACAGUGUGUUGCUGCGUUGUGGCCUUCCUCUGUGGCCUGUUGUUUGUUCAACGCUCGGGGAACUACUAUGUCACCAUGUUUGAUGAUUACUCUGCCGGGCUGCCUCUCACUGUUGUGGUCAUCCUAGAAAAUGUGUCUGUUGCUUGGAUUUACGGCACAAAGAGGUUCAUGCAGGAUCUGGAGGACAUGUUGGGUUUCCGACCAUAUAGGAUAUAUUUCUACCUGUGGAAGUAUGUCUCCCCUCUGUGCCUCAUUGUGCUCAUCUCAGCUACGGUUAUAGAGAUGGCCAUCAGCCCACCAGGAUAUAACGCCUGGAUCGAAGAGCUGGCUCAAGAACGCUUUGAGAGUUACCCUCCUUGGGCAUUGGCCAUGUGCUUUGCCCUCAUCAUAGCGGCCAUGCUUCCUCUGCCAAUCGUCUUCAUCGCCCGUCGUUUCAACUUGAUCUCGGACGGCUCCAACAAGCUGUCCGUCUCCUACCGUAAAAGCAUGAUGAAGGACAUCUCAAACUUGGAGGAACAGGACGAGUCCAGAUUUAUCCUCGGAGCCAAGCCUGGGGAGGCACCAUCAUCAGGGACGGCACAUAAAUCCUACCUGACCCCGGGAGGGAACAAACCCAUACUGGACCCAAACACCUUGUCUCCUAACAGCUGUUACGGCACGAGCUACCAGAACCCCGCCAUCAGCCCCACCACACCAAGUACCCCGCCCACACCUGCCACACCUGAGUCUGACUCUUAACCGCUGUCCUAAGACCCCUCUGUAGCACAUUCUACCUUUCAGCUGGAAAGUCUCCACCAGGGGUCACUGCAGUGCAGAGAAUCCCCUCCACUGCCCUACUGUUACCACAAAAACUGUAUGUAUUCCCCCAUCUCAUGGCAUGCUUCCCACUAUAACACCAUGAACCACUUCGGCAGGAGAGUUCACUUGUAUCAGUAGAUCAACACUAAAAUCAGAGCGAGGCUUGCAUUGACACACUGUAUCUAUUCUGUAUUUACUAUCACAGGGUGUAUGUGCUUCAGAUGAAGUUUGUUUUUCUGCUUUCUUUGCCUUACUUUAAAGGUCCUCAGCAGAAAAAACCCCAGCUAUAAUGCACAUCCCUGUCUGCACAGUACAGAGGAUCAAGGGUGUGGCCCAACUUGUUGAACUGGUUUUCACUCAGUACACUGACACCAAGAGCCAAGAUGAACGUGUUAAAUUAUAUUUAAAGGUUUAAAGCUUGGCAUCCUCCAAUAUUGUACUGUGUGUCAAAUCAGCAGUCUCUCACAAAACAAGUUCAUGUAUUUGAAGUGUCAUGCAGAUCUGAGCUAGAAACACUUGUAGAUUUGUUUUUCACAUGGCUGUGUAUUGUUAUAAACUAUGCUUAAGGCUGCUGAAAAGACAUACAUUAAUGCUCAUUCUGUGUGUAGUCAGUAUUGUUCUGGUUCAGUUAAAAGCAGUGUCAGGUGUAGUAUUAUGAAGAAUAUCAUUUUUGGCCAUUACACACACAUUCUGACGUACACACCACUUUUUCAGUUUCUCCACCAAAGAGCAAUGAGUUUAACAAAACACUUGAAACCUUCAUAUUUAUAACUCUAAAUAUACUGGCUCAUUUAACUAAAAGAAGCUUGUUUUGGUUCGUCAGAGACAGAAAGCACAGCUUGCUGGUGUGAAUUUAAAACACAUGUCCUUGCAACAAAAGCACAAAAAAAUUUUUGCACAAAUUCUGUGCUCAAGUGGGCAACUUCCCCUGAUUAAUGACCAAUCAUUUUGUGAACGUCUAAGCACAUGUGAAAUUAAAACUAUUCCUGCCAUUAAAUAUGUCCCACAAAAAAAAGUAAGCAAUACGUUCUUAUAUUGGAGCACAAACCAGAAUGCACAAGUAUUUUACAAUAAACAUGAAAUCAGCAACGGACCCAAAGAUUUGACAAAGUAAAGGCUCAACGUGUUCUAAAACACAUUCACUCACAUCACUGGUCCUUUAUGAUGAAGAUCUUUGACACCUUGUUGAACUGAUGUUGAACUAGCAGUUGGAUCAGGUAAAGAUGGUUAACUACCUUCAACAUUUUUUCACUCACUGUUUGUGAACAGCUGUGAAAACUGUCUUUAAGUUUAAACUGAGCACAUUCAAGUUUCUGCUACAUGUAAGGUGAUACCUUUAUUUAUUUUUGUACUCACAAUAUUAAAAGACAUGGUGUUAAGAAUUAUAUGGACUAUAUUUAUAUUUCUGUAUAUUUGCAGUGUAUGUAGAUGUGAUGAACAACAAAGAUUUAUCUUUUAAAGAGACCAGUAUAUAUACAUAUUGUAUAUUUUCAUCUUGUGUGAUACUUAUUUAAAUUGUAUAUUUUAAGAAUUUAUAGGCUAUAUUUUGUAGUUUGAGUAGUUCAUUCUUGUGGGAUGAGAAAAUGCUGCUGGGAGGUGGAAUUUAAGUCCUGUGAAGUGUCGUCUUGUAUGAGCUGAUGUUCGGAGACACCCGCUCAUCGGUCUCCUCUUUGGGUUUACUGGUCUACUUGUUUUUAGGCACACUAGCAUCCAACUAGUUACCAUGGACGGUUAAACCGUGGUGUGAACCCUGUGACUUUUUGUUUAGUUAAGUUUGAUGAAAUAUUAUUUUUGUCCAAAAAUAAUUCACAACUCAAAUGUUGACAUUUUAAAAACAUACUAACAUGCUACAUGUAGGCAAGGUUAUCCUAUUCACUCUUAGAAACACAGCAACAUGCUCAUAACUACAUGCUAAAGAUUAGCAUGUUAUUAUAUGUUAUGCAAAGACAAAAUCAUUAGUGUUUAAACAUUUUUUUUUUUUUUUUUAUUUGUUUAUUUUGACAGCCUACUAGGUGUGCCAUAGUUAGCUAUACGCUACUUUACAUCUGUAGUCCCUGCAAUUUGAAGGUUGUGCUAAAAAAGGUUUCUAUAAGACAUCAAAUAGUUCUAGCAUGUAUGUUAAGAUGCUAACAUUAUAGUCAUCACCUAGCUAGCUGAGUGUUGAAAUGAUUUGUUAACGGGUGAAAUCAGACCUUUAACAGUGAAUAACUCUUCUCAGAGUUAGCCUCAUUUUUUUUCAAUCGGUGUUAACACAGGGUUUAAUUCCGACCGAACUGAAAACGUAGCUCAGAGCUCUUUUGCAAACACUUUGUUGAUACAACUGUUGUUCUUUUUGCUAAGUGCAAUAUACAUUUAGACAUUGAACUAUAACUCAGAGAACCACAUGAUUGUUCUCUCGACUCAGCAGUGUGUAAUUACGGUCUAAAUUCUAAGACAUAAAUGCAGCUAAAGCCCACAUCAGCAUAACUGCAGCUGAGACGAUAAUGACUUAGAGCUUUAACUGAAAACUGAGUGCAUUCUCCGUGAGAGAGAAUUCAUCAAGGUCUACUAAGAUAAUGUUUUUGGAGUGUUUUGAAUUCAAUUGAAUUCGACAGAGAAGCUAAUGUAAAAAAUGAGUUUCUGUUUUGGCUAUCACAUUGUUUCCCUCAGAAGUUACCCACUCCCAACUUUUGCAGCCAUUUAAUUUGUUUGCCAUCACGACUUACAAAACAUUACAAGACGUAACUCGUGUUUUUUAUGUAGAAGAAAAUUCACUGAGCAAUGAGUAAGCCCUUUCAUUGAUGCGACACGUUCCCACCCUCACACAAACCAGAUUUUUUUUUUGCCACUUCAGUGGUAGAUCUAAGAAAAGCAUAUUAUUCUCUUCUUUUUAUUAUCAAUUAAACUUUUUUAUGCGUGUUCUAUGUAAAGAGUAUUACAUUCUUGCAGGAGUGCUAGUGUGGCUAAAAACGUCUCAUUCUUGUUUGAUAUCUUGUCUCCUGUUUGUGUGAGAGCCAGGCACUUCCUGCAGAGAGUGCAUGAUGUGUAGAGAUCUCUUUGUUGUCCACACCUGUAAAUAAUCCAAUCAAACUGUUGUCAUGAUAGAGUUUAUCCAUGUGAAGUAUAUCAAUGUAAAAAAAAGAAGUUUAGCAGAAAGUGUAAAAUAGGUUAUAAUGAAUGUGACAAAUGCACUUUUUUCACUAGGACGGCAAAAUUGUUAGCAUUUUGCUGUCCUUAUAGCAGUACAUUUCAAGGUCUGUGUAUAAGCAAUAUCAAGUUAUUAAACUUCUAAAUAAUUUAGGCUAAAAGAAGGGUGACACAUUAUUGUCAGUUCUUAGCAAUGAUUAGAAACUUCCCCUCGUAGCCAAGGGGACUCCUCUUACAAAGUGCUGGAGUCUGUGUGCUUAUGUAAAUAGACCAAAGUGUGUUUGUGCUUGUGUGUGUGUAUUGGUGUGUGUGUGUGUGUGUGUAAUCCAUAUUCCUUCAUCUUACCUGUGAAUGCAGGGCCUUACUGAGCACAUGUUACGAGCACUGUCUGUACAGGAGUCACAUUUAGUCUUUUUCUUCUGUAGGUACUCUUGCUGACGUUCCUGAGUCAUAGUAUGAUUGUAUGAGAGUGACAAAUUGUUGUAAAAAUUGUGAACAUCACCAAAAAUAUUAAUAAUAAAGAGUGGAUAAGCUGCUGUUGGAUUUG